AUGCUUGCUUCCCAUUCUAUGACUUCUAAUAAUCUGUGCUUAGCUUCUUCAAAUUUUUGCAAUACUUCUGAAGAUGGCUUAAGAAAAGCUUUCUUGCAAAUUCAACAUUUAGUUGCUUUAUUAUAUGCUUUAAGAUCUCUAGAUGCCAUAAUAAUUUCAGCUGACGCAGAUAAUUCUUCUU